AUGAAGAGACAGGACAAGAUGAAGAGACAAGACAAGAUGAAGAGACAGGACAAGAUGAAGAGACAGGACAGGAUGAAGAGACAGGACAAGAUAGAUGAAGAGACAGGACAAGAUGAAGAGACAGGACAAGAUGAAGGGACAGGACAAGAUGAAGAGACAGGACAAGAUGAAGAGACAGGACAAGAUGAAGAGACAGGACAAGAUGAAGGGACAGGACAAGAUGAAGAGACAGGACAAGAUGAAGAGACAGGACACGAUGAAGAGACAGAACAAUAUGAAGAGACAGGACAAGACGAAGAGACAGGACAAGAUGAAGGGACAGGACAAGAUGAAGGGACAGGACAAGAUGAAGAGACAGGACAAGAUGAAGAGACAGGACAAGAUGAAGAGACAGGACAAGAUGAAGAGACAGGACAAGAUGAAGAGACAGGACAAGAUAUGGGACAGGACAAGAUGAAGGGACAGGGCAAGAUGAAGAGACAGGACAAGAUGAAGGGACAGGACAAGAUGAAGAGACAGGACAAGAUGAAGGGACAGGACAAGAUGAAGAGACAGGACAAGAUGAAGAGACAGGACAAGAUGAAUAGACAGAGACGGGAAGACAACAAUGAAAGGCGUAAGACAGAGAAAAGAAGUCGCAGUGGCUGA